UCACCUGUCCCACCUGUCCCCCCCCAGAUCUUCUGCGUGCACGGGGGUCUGUCCCCCUCCAUCCAGACCCUGGACCAGAUCCGCACCAUCGACCGCAAGCAGGAGGUGCCGCACGACGGGCCCAUGUGCGACCUGCUCUGGUCCGACCCCGAGGACACGACAGGUUGGGGCGUGUCCCCCCGUGGUGCCGGUUACCUGUUCGGCAGCGACGUGGUGGCCCACGACGUGGUCGCCCAGUUCAACGCGGCCAACGAGGUGUCGAUGAUCUGCCGCGCCCACCAGCUCGUCAUGGAGGGGUACAAGUGGCACUUCGGGGAGACCGUGCUCACCGUCUGGUCUGCACCCAACUACUGCUACAGGUGGGUUAAUCACAUGCUAAUUAGAUGCUAAUUA